AUGUUGGACUCAUGGAAGAAAAACAAGUUUUAUUCAAAAUGCAAGUCUACAAUCAAGCAGACCAAAACUCGAAUCGAUAUGAUCAGGAAGAAGAGAAAUUCAAUGCAGAAAUACUUGAGGAAUGAUAUAGCUGACCUUAUUAAAUCUGAAUUGGAUGUCAAUGCCUACGAAAGAACUGAAGGCCUUCUAGUUGAGCUGAAUCUCUUGAGCUGUUAUGAUUUUUUGGAUCAAUAUUGUGAGCAGAUCCUUAGUCACCUUGACACCAUAAGUACACAGAGGGAAUGCCCUGAGGAUUGCAAGGAACCUGUGGGAUCUUUGAUGUUUGCAGCAGCAAGACUAGCAGACCUGCCUGAAUUACGUCAACUUAGGACGAUGCUUAAUGAAAGAUAUGGAAAUUCACUUGAAUCUUGUGUCAAUAAUCAGUUUGCUGCGAAAUUAAAGCCAGUACCACAUAAAAUGGACGUGAAACUACACUUGAUGCAAGAUAUAGCAGCAGAAUAUGGCUUAGAAUGGAAUUCAAAAGCUUUGCAACAGAUGCUAUGUGAACAAGAGCACGCGGAUGUAGCAAGUAACAAUAAAGAAUCUGAAGAUGCUCAUCAUAUCGAAUCAAGAGAUGAUGAUGCAGCUGAAAAUGCUACCUCAGAACAAAAAUCAGUUAGGACGAAACAUCUGGAUCAGUCCGGUCAUAAAGAUUCAGGACAUGAACCAAAUGGUGAAAUCUCUAGUCAUAGAAAUCGAGGCGGUCCAUCAGGCAGAACAACAUCUCUUCCAGUUGAAUUGGAGCAAAUAACUCCGGAAGAGCUAGUGAAAGGACACACUCGAGCAAAUUCUUGUACGCCUGAUAUGUUUGGGCAUGUCCAUCCAAGGGUACCAAACUAUGAGGAGGUCGUCGCUCGCCUUACAGAUCUUGGUGGAAAAUCAAAAAAAUGA